GUGACUCAGUGAGCGACUCGACCUUUAUGCUUAUCACACGAUUCGAGCUCAAAUUCAGACACAGAGAGAGAUCCGAGCGACCAACAAUGGCGAAGAGCAAUAAUCCAGAGCCUUCGAACUUCAGAAAGUACGGCGUGCCUUUCUACGCCGUUGCUUGGGUUCCCUACAAGUCCAUCCGAUUUGACUUCAAAUCCGAAGAAGACCAGAAAGAGGACCAGCCAGAUCGGAAUGACGAUCGGAACUAUGUCGUUUUGGCAGGCGGCGGCGGCGAGGGCCGGAGCGGGAUCCCCAACGCCGUCGUUCUCUCCGAGUUCGAUCUCGCCUCCAAUUCUCUCUCCGAUCUGCCUGUUGUUAAGCAUGGGACUGGCUCUGAUUUGCCUUAUCGAAUGGCGGGUCAUCCCCGUGGAGAGGGACUCAUUUGCUCAUUCCCAAAAUUUUGCAGAUGGUUUGAGUGGGAUGGAGAACGUAGCUCUGAAGGUCAUAAACUGGGUAUCAAGCAGUCUGAGAAAGAGCUUAACUUAUUGCAAGACGUUGAACAACAGUUAGCAUUGGAAUUUAACGAUGAGGGAUCUGUACUUGCAUCCGGUGGUGAGAAUGGCAAUUUAAAGGUUUUCAAAUGGCCUAGCAUGGAAAUUAUUCUUAAUGAAGCUCAAGCUCAUGCUAGUGUGAAGGAUUUAGAUUUCAGCCCUGAUGGAAAAUUGCUUGUCUCCCUGGGAAAUGGUGGCUGUAGGGUGUGGGAUGUAACUUCAUCAAAAGCUGUAGCUUCUCUGCCAAAGGGAAAUGAUGAAAUUUUUUGCUCAUGCAGAUUUUCACAGACCAAUGAGAAGAAUCUUGUUCUAUACACUGUUUCCGUGACAGGUAAAGGGGGAAGCAUUGCAACAUGGAACACAACCACAUGGAAGAGGAUUAGUUCUAAGUCUGUUGUCCGUGACACAAUUUUAGCCUUUGAUGUCUCUGCUGAUGGAAAGUUCCUUGCAUGUGGAACAACCGAAGGAGAUGUUAUGAUUAUAAACUCAACAAGUAUGCGGACUCAUCAAGUGAUUAAAAAGGCACACCUUGGCUUUGUAACUGCAUUGAGAUUCUCUCCUGAUUCAAGCGCUUUUGCUUCUGCGUCCCUGGACUCAAGUGCAAGGGUGACAAUAAUCCAGGAGGCGAAGGAAAAUCGAGAAAUUAGCUUGUGGCUCAUUAUAUUGAUUUUCCUAAUAGCCAUUGCUGCAUAUUUCUUUAAGAAUCCCCAGAUUUUGGAGUCAUUUACAAAAAUAUAGAAUACCAUCGCCACUAUUGUUGGAAAAGAUUUUGAAGUUUGCAAUAGAGCUAUGUUGUGCUAUUUCUCUUCUGUAUAGCAGUUGAUCUUGCGUGGGUCGAAGUUAGGCCUCUUUCUACCUACUAUUCGUUGACCAAAUAGCCAGUCUUGGAAAUGAGGUGUAAUAGGAUUUUGGUAGGUAUAAUAGGAUUGUGGAUAACACAGUUCUUUCUUUCAAAGGCAAAGAUAAAUGGAUAUCUAUAUGCUGAAAUAAAAUUAUAUCUUUGGGACAUGAUGCAAAUUUUUAUUCAAGUUUACAUUUGCUGCGUUCCAUGGAGUACAAUAUGA